CUUGUGAACAUACGGCAUUGGCAACGCGCCAAGUCUUCCAUUGCGCUCAGCCUUGUGUGGCAGGGCAGCUUGAACUCACAACUUGCGGCGAAGAAGCCCCACCGAGAUACACACAUCCACCUGCAGCACCGCCGAAAUCCUAUUCCAAGCAAGAUGACCUCAACCGAUGGCAAUGCAUGUCCGGUGGACCACGAUACACGGCAGGUCUGGCUACAGCAGCAGUCUUCCUCCUCUUCAGUACCGUCACCCUCGGCAUCUACGCCGUCGAAGGCUCCGUUAUCCCUAUCCAAUAACUCUGCCGCAGCUUUCAGGCGCCAGCAUGUCUUCAAGGCAAACCCGCGGAACAACGACGCAGCGAGAGCCGAAGCAUACUUUCGCACGCGCUUGAGUCCUACCUCGCUCGCCAGCAUUGAUGCUGCCACUGCACAGAGGCCUUCGCUUUCGCAAGAGCGUGUCAUCUCUUCUAUACCACGGUCACGGACCGAUGACAGUGGCCCCACGCCGGCGGACACAUCCAAUCCGAACGACCACUGGGUUUAUCCUUCGCCCUCCCAAUUCUUCAACGCCCUCCAGCGCAAGAAUCACAACCCGCAAGCAGCAGACAUGACCAUCGUCGUGCCGAUCCACAAUGCCGUGAAUGAGCGCGCAUGGCAGCAGAUUAAUGCGUGGGAGAACCACUUCCACCCAUCCUCCAAGGAAAAGUGCGGUGGCAUCAAGCUGAUCAGCUUCCAAGGGAAGCCAAAGGAGCUGACGUGGAAAGCUUGGGCGAAGACGACUUUCCUCGGAUACAUGGAACCGUUUGAUAGGCACGAUUGGCUGGUGGACAGGUGUGGGCAGGAGGUACGGUAUAUCAUUGAUUUCUACACAGGAAAGAGCGCGGAAAGCAGCCAUCCGCGGGGGGAUAGCGGGCUGGUUGGAGCAGCGUCAUCGACUGCCAGGGCCGGCCCUAGCCUCUCUUUCUACCUCGAUGUACGGCCUGCGCCUGAUAGCAUCGACAACCUGAGGAUGCGUGCAAGUAGAUUAUUCGCUGGUCCACCGCGUCAGCAGGCUGACACGCCGACGUCAGCUGUAUAACCUACAUUGCUCUUCAAGCUUUUUGCAUCACCCUUGAUUUGCACCCUAGCGACACACUCGUAGCUUGCCGCAACAA